GACUGUCUGAGUUCUUUCGUUAUGCGGUUAGCAGUGCUUCAGUUUAUGGCUGGCUUCUGUGGAGCUCUGGGCUCCUUGUUUUUUCUGCUUUCUCUCGGUACAGACUACUGGCUCUUAUCCCUGGAGUCUUGUGAUCCACAGGACAAAAACACCGAAAAACUAAGAAGAGUCACCAGAAAGGAUGGCCUAAAGGAAGACCCAAAUGAUAGUAAAAACACAGUCUUGUCCUACCAUGAAGGGAUUUUUUGGAGAUGCUCCUAUAGAACAGACAGAGAGGAGCAGAGCAUACUGGAUUUCUGGAUCACCAACCAACCAACAGAGAAGAUUUGCAUGCCUGUCUACCUUUCCCAUGAUCCUCUACCUGAGAAAAGAAGAAACACUUUAAAUGCAGUGCAUAGGACUUUUUGGUGUAUUAUGUCUAUCCUGGGAUUCACCAUGGUUAUGAUUGGUGUGUUUGUCACCGUCUGCGCUGUCCCACGAGCCAACCGUCGCCUUUAUGAAGCUGGAGGUGCUCUUUUCAUAACUGGUGGAUUCUUGCUUUUGGUCGUGGUGGUGACAUUUGCAGUAUGGGUGCAGGUCUCAGGUUCUCUGGAGCAUUACAUCCUCCAGCGCAGGUCCUCCAUGUGCUCGGACCUGCACCUCAAUCUGUAUUACGGUCCAUCCUUCAUGUUGGCGCCCCCUGCCUCCUUCUUCAGCAUCCUUUGUGGCAUCUUCCUUCUUCUCACACAGACUGCCUCAGGAACAGUGUCAGCAAAUGCAGCAAACAAACCCCCAUCUGUACAGAAGGAACUGGAUGCGUGCAUUCUGGGGUAGCAAAAACUGCCAUUUUAAAAAUGUUAUUUUAUUUGUCCUUUAUUUAUCCAGGAAGGUCCCACUGAGAUACAAGAUCUCUUAUUCCAGCGAGUCCUGGUCAAGACGGCAGCACAAAUAGUUUCACAUAGAAGAGACAAUUUUACACAUUAAAAACAUAUACCCUUGCUGAGCAGCAAGGACAAUUAUGCUUUUCUACUGGUUUGCAUUUACUGAUACUCACUCUGAAGGGAACUUUCAUUGGAAAUGACUUAACUCUCUGUAUGAGGACAACAGUCAUGUUGUUGUGGUUCAGUGUGAGUAGGAAGCCAGUCAUAAAUAUAGAGUAGACUGGACAGCUGUAGAGGACAACCACAAGCAUAUUGUAAAUAAAAGUUGAUUACAAUGUU